AACAAGGGCACUUUGUGACACAGCACUCUAAUCCAUUUGUCUCCAAAAACGCUAUCCAUAUUACCACUGACACUGAGCAUUGCUUAAUCCACAACAAUGGCCACAACUCCUUCUCUUCUACACUCAUCUGGUUCUUCUUUUCUCCCUCAAUUUCGAACUUUUCCAACCCAAUUUUCUUCUUCUUCAUUGUUCUCUCAUGGAAGUAGCAGGCAUCGAAGUUCAGUGGUGUCCGUCAAAGCCAUAGCUUCUGGGGCUGUAUUGGUAGAGAAGUCUGAAGCAGAGCAGGUUUAUAGGCUCAAAACUACCUACAAUGAGAAAAUUGUUCCUUUGCUCAUCGAAGAAUUCUCUUACACUAACAUUCAUCAGGUUCCUAAAGUUAAUAAGAUUGUGGUAAACUGUGGUAUUGGAGAAGCUGCACAAAAUGCAAAAGGUUUGGAUGCAGCAAUUAAUGAUCUAGCACUGAUCACUGGACAGAGACCUGUUAAGACUCGGGCGAGGAAUUCUGUUGCCACCUUUAAGAUCAGGGAAGGUCAACCACUUGGGAUUGCUGUGACACUCAGAGGAAAAAUAAUGUACUCAUUCCUAGACCGCGUUAUCAACUUAGGGCUUCCUAGGACAAGAGAUUUUCAAGGUUUGAAUAUCAGCAGCUUUGAUGGGAAUGGGAAUUUCAACAUUGGUAUUAAGGACCAAACUGUGUUCCCAGAGCUGAAAUCUGGUUUUGGUACACCUAGAGGAAUGGAUGUCUGCAUCUCAACAACUGCUAAAACUGAUCAAGAAGGACAAAAAUUAUUGGCUCUCAUGGGUAUGCCCUUCAGAGAGGGAGUUGAGAAUACCCAAAUAGUUCGCAAAAAGAAGUUGAAGUCUCAUCAUUUUGAUGCAAAAUCAAAGGGUAGAGGAGAUAGAGCAAGGAAGUAAAAAUAUUUUUAUGCAUGUAAAUUCAGAGGGAUAAUGAUAAUGAACUAAGGUUAUUAACAGAAGAGAGAUGUAGCCCUUGUUUCAUUCAGAUGUAAUGUAAUGUAAUAUUAUUGAUUUUUUUUUUUUUAAGAGAUAUGGAUGUUUUCAUAUUGCCAUGUUAUUACAAAGGUUGUAUUAUGGUCA